CUAACUUUAGGUAACUGGAACAACAGUUCGCGACUGGCAGCGCACCGGUUUACGUUUUGGCGAUGUGUCGUUCCGAAGCCAGUUACGCGAGUGGUUUUGUGACACGUUUAACCGUUAAGGGAGUGAAUACAAAGAUAAUAUCACGGUAGUGGUGUGUAGAAACAAAUCAAUUUGAUGCUUGACAAAAUUUGUUGGCAAUUUGUUUUUAUUUCGAAAGAACGUAACGGCAGUGUGCGUGUGAGUAUUGCUGAUAUUCAUAUCGCGUCUAGAAAAAGGUGAUCAUUGUAGUAAAGAGGAAAAUCGGAAAAAAACUAACAAUUAUAAGCGAAAAAAAGAUAGGAACAGCGAGAGGAAAUGGUGGGGUGAUAACAAACAUUGGAAAAAAAGAAAAAAAAAUAUACUAUACAUCAUACGUGUGACACGCACGACGUACGCGUACGCACACAUAUAUAGAUACGCGCGCUUGCGGGCGCGCUUACAGAUACAGGCACGUAAUAACGUUACAUACACGCGCACUCAAACACACACACGCACACGCGCGCGCGCGUGCGCGCGUGUGUGUAUGUACUUUAUAGUAGAUGAAUACAUACACGUAUUUAUACAUAAUAGAAAGAGAAGAAGAAGAGAAGGACGGUGCGAGGGAGGUUAAAGGAGAACGGUCAGGAAAGAACCGAGAGAACAAGAGAGAGAAAUAUAGAGAACAAGAAAGAAAGAAGCGAAACGUGUGGAUGAAAGGAAAUAGGAAUCAAAAAAUAUGAUAGCGUUACAUUUAUUAUGCGGUGUUCGUAAGUACUAAGCGAUCCGCGUGGGACUGAAAAUUGUAAAGCAAAAUAAUCGACGAACUUUUUCUUUUAUUUUUCAUUGAUUAAAAUAAAUUUGUCGUCGAUGUUCGAUUUAAUCCAAGUAAAUAUUGACGUGAUCGAUAGAAAAAUACAGUGUUCGAGAUUGAAUAUCGUUAAUUUCGAAUUAUUAUUUACAUGGAAAAAUCGAAGACGAAAUAUGAUACGAGAUAUGUGGUACGAUAUAAUUAAUUGCGAGAAAGAAAUAGAAUAGCGGUGUUUGAAAGAAGCAAGGAAGAAACAAGUGAAAAAUAUAAAGAGAUGAUCUCAUAAAGGCAGAGAAAUGUAUAGGAAAGAAAGUAUAGGAAAGAGAAGCAAAGAAAACGGAAAGAAAUAAAAUAAAGAGGAAAACGCGUACGAAAUAAUAACAUUAAGGCUAGAGUUUUUUGAGAAACGUGUAUAUGCGUGCGUGCGUGUGUAUAGUAUAUCAGUGGGCAAGAUGGAGGAAAGUCAGCUGUUGAUGACGGAACUUCCGGCAUUGACGCCGAGUCGUGGUACAACGUUGCUUCAUCGUUCAAGACAUUAUUAUCAGUUACACCAACCGCACCUGGCUGCGAUACCGACCUCGCAGAGUCAAGGGAUUCUUUAUAACUCGAGUAACGCGCCACAUUAUACUAGCGGUACGACCGGUCUACCGGCAUACGCGCAAGGUCUUUCAUCGAGGCAACAACCGCAAGUAAUUGCUCGCGGUACUGUCACACCGAGCACGCAUAUCUCCUGCCUGUAUCCUGAAAUAUUGGCGUUGAUCUUCAGCUAUCUCGAGGUCAGAGAUAAGGGACGUGCCGCCCAAGUAUGCACGGCGUGGAGAGAUGCAGCAUAUUACCGAUCUGUUUGGCGAGGGGUUGAAGCCAGAUUACACCUAAGAAAACAGGCACCAGCGUUAUUCGCCAGUCUGGUAAGAAGAGGAGUGAAAAGGGUCCAGGUACUGUCGUUGCGCAGAGGUCUCGGCGAUGUUUUGAAAGGCGUGCCAAACUUGGAGGCGUUGAAUCUCUCGGGUUGCUAUAAUAUUACCGACGCUGGCUUGAUCAAUGCUUUUUGCCAAGAAUAUACCACACUUACCGAACUCAAUCUUUCGUUGUGCAAACAAGUGUCAGACAUUUCUCUCGGUAGGAUAGUGCAGUAUUUAAAAAAUCUCGAACAUUUAGAACUUGGUGGUUGCUGUAACAUUACCAACGGAGGGCUUCUCUGUAUAGCAUGGAAUUUGAAGAAAUUAAAAAGACUCGAUUUACGAAGUUGUUGGCAAGUAUCCGAUUUGGGUAUUGCUCAUUUGGCCGGUGUAAAUCGCGAAGCAGCUGGAGGAAAUCUUGCAUUGGAGCACUUGAGCCUUCAGGAUUGUCAACGGCUGAGCGAUGAAGCUCUCAGGCACGUGUCGAUCGGUUUAACCACUUUGAAAUCGAUUAAUCUCUCGUUUUGCGUAUGUAUUACCGAUUCAGGGCUGAAACAUCUAGCCAAGAUGUCUAGCUUGCGCGAAUUGAACCUUCGAUCCUGUGACAAUGUUUCCGAUAUCGGUAUGGCUUAUCUUGCGGAAGGCGGCAGUAGGAUUUCUUCAUUGGAUGUAUCAUUUUGCGAUAAAAUCGGAGAUCAAGCGCUUGUUCACAUUUCCCAAGGAUUGUUUAAUUUGAAAUUACUGUCGCUAUCUGCUUGUCAAAUCAGCGACGAAGGUAUUUGCAAAAUCGCAAAGACCUUGCACGAUUUGGAAACGUUGAAUAUUGGUCAGUGCAGCAGAUUGACGGAUAAAGGACUCUACACCAUUGCUGAGAGUAUGAAACACUUGAAAUGUAUCGAUCUUUACGGAUGCACCAGGAUAAGUACCAAUGGCUUAGAAAGGAUUAUGAAAUUGCCGCAAUUGAGUACGUUAAAUCUUGGUCUUUGGCACGUGCGGUGAUGGCUUUUUCUCAAUUGUAUACAUUAUAUGCGUCCCUACAUUCGUAUCAGUGACCAACAUGUUUCCUCGGUGCCUGCGAAACAUUGCCAGAUACCAUGCCGAUUUUCUAGUUGUUUCUCUUCUUCUUCUUGUGAGUUUUUAUUCUUUCCUUAUUCUUUUCUCUCUUCUCCAUUAUUCUAUUCCCUACAUCUCCCUUCCCUUUCAUGCAUAAGUACAUAGAUAAUCUAUAAAUAAUUCAACUUGAUCUCUUCCAUUUUCUUUUUUCUUUUCAGAUAAUGUGACACGAUUGCGUAACGCGUGCACGCUUAUCUUUUGUUCCUUGUCAUCCUCACAAUUACGUUAAACACAAAUUUUCCUUUUUCGAUUAUUAUACAUCAUCAUACACGUACAUGUACCAAUAUUUAGUUGGUACAAUUCGGAUCAGUGUAUUCGAUGUACUUGUAUAUAUUUUGAUUUUAUCAUAUCAAAUUUUCUCAAGAUUUUUUUCUCAAAUUUUCAACGCUUCGUUCAUCGCGUAUCUACCAUACGUAUUUACAUAGACAUAUUAUUGGAAAUUAAUUUCUAAUGUAAUUUUCUCGACGAUACAUAAUCGUAUUUAUUUUAAUAGAAUUCGGGAUUCCAUUCGUUUCCUUUAUUAUAAUCGUUAAAAUUGAAUUUCAAUCGAAGUUUAAAUUAGACUAUAGGUCUAGCGCUUACGCUCUUUUCGUGUUUUUCAACUACGUUCUACGUACGUAAUGAAAAUUCGCAUACAUCGUAUUGUUUCUUUUUUUCCUUUCCUUUAUCGUAUCAAACAUUAACGUUUUUUUCUUUAUAUGUACAUAUAUAUAUAUGUAAUAGAUAUAUAUACAUAUGUAUAUAUAUAUGUAUGCGUAUCUGUUAAUCUUUGUUUUAGCGAAUCAAGUAUCGAUAAUACUUAUGACCAAAGUGUUGUAUUUGAUUCUCCGUCUGGAUAAUUUUUUUCUUAAUAUUCUGUAUAUUUUUGAUCUCUCACUCAUAUUUAUAUGUGCAUUUUUAUGUGAAUGUAAUCACAUAAUCUAUCGUAUGUAUCUUUAUGUACACACAUACACGCGUGGGCAUAAAAUACACGAAGCAAUUCAUCGAAUAUUUUUUAUUACCGGAUAUCUUGUCGUCACAAUUACGUAUUAUUUUUCAUUGUUUUUUUUUUUUUGUGUGAAUACUGUUAAGUUUCAUAUACGUAAAGAUUUAAAAUUUUUAAUUCAUUUUUCGUAGUAAUUUUAUAUAACUUUUGAUAACUUUUAAUCAAAAAAAAUUGCAAGUUAUUCUCUACGUAUAUACGUAUAUACUUGGUUUUACGUACGCGUGUGUUUUAUAAUGAGAUCAUUGAAUUUGUUAUUUCGUUGAAGAUUUUUUUGUUCCAUCGGUUUAUCGUAAUUAUCUGACAUAUUAUACCAAAGAACAUGGAGAUUAGAAUAAUGCCUCAGUCCUUCGAUUCGUUUUCAACGUGAUUCGAUUAUUUCAAUAUGAUAUAAUACGUGUAGUAUGUAGGGUCGUUAUGUUUGUUUGAUUAGCGAAAAAAAUCAUUGCUUUCUUCUUUAAUAACGUAAGUUCGUAUAUAUAAUAUUAUAACGUGAAUGAUAUCGAAUGCGCGAUGUUUUAGGCACCGAAUUAUGAUACGAUACGAUCAUUUUGCCUGUAUAGAUCUUCUGUAAUAUAACAAAUAUGUUUCUAUUUUAUAUAUAUAUGAUAUAUGAAGCAUAUAUCUGUUUCUUAAAACUUUGUAAAUAGAUAUGUACAAGUAAAGAAAGAAAGAGAAGGAAACGAGAAAAAGACGCGAGCGUGUGAAAUGACAAAGAUUAGUACAUUGUGUAUUAUAAUACAUGUGAUGUAGCAAAUUUUUUUCUGUGUUAUCGCAAAAAAAAAAAAAAAAUCGUGAAUUACGUUGAUAAUCUGUAUACGAAUUAAAAAAGAUAAAAAUAAGAUGUAGGUAUAAAGUAGUGCAUGCAAGUAGCAAUAAAUCACAUCAAAUUCGAUGAUAAUUAUAAUUUAUUCGUAUCGAUUUAGUUCAUUCGGACCGGUUGUUGAAUAAAAUGUACGUAUAUGUACCUACAUAUUAGAAAUAAUCUAUCUGCGUUGUUGCAUCAAUGCUGAUUACAAACGGGAUAGAAAAAUUCUUUGUUCUCUUUGUUAUUUUGUUUAUGACAAAUGUAUGGGUACAUAUGUAUCGAUCUUUUCGAAUAAUGUUAUAUUUGAGAUAAUUUUUUUAAAAAUAUGUAUUCGGUUUUUUUUCAAUUCUUUUUUUAUAGCCAAAAAAAAAUAUAAUACUAUUGUUGCUCGAGUGUACAUCGAAUCGAAAUAUUUUCCACACAUUUGACUAGAAUUUUCAAAUGCAUCGUUAAGUUGAAAUUUCUUCGCAUUAUAAGAUAUUUAUUCAGUUCAAUAUGUGAUUAAUUAUUAACGAAAUAAUAAAAUAUCGAUGAAAAAACGAACAAUACUUUAACAAUAAAAUUGUUAAAGAUUUCAAUAAGAAUAAUUCUUUUUUUUUUUUAACGAUAUACAACGUAAGUUUUUAUUUUUAACCAAUUAUUAUGAUUUUAAUUUUUACGAACCAUUUGUUUCUCUUUUUUUUUUUUUUUUUUUUUAAUAACUUAUCGAUUCAUUUAUCUAUAUUUUUUCUUACUUUGCUUGCUACUAUGUAUCCAUAUUCGUGUAACUUCAACAUAUGUAAUUUGUGAAUUUUAUUUUUCUAUUUCUAUUCAAAUUUGUAAACAUUUUUUUUUUUCAUUUCUGAUCAAUUCGUUUUUGUAUCAAUUUUACAUUUUUCAUUCACUUUAACUUGUCUGUAUUAAUAAAAUAUUUAGAUACAGUAAUUAAUGAUUGAAAAAUGUUAAAAAUGAUUCAAUAAUUCGCUUCUAUCUAACAUUUGAUUAGUUAAAGGAGAAAGAAUUUGACAAAUUUGAAUAAUUUUAAACAUUUUUAUAAUUUAUUAGAUAAAUGAUAAUCUUUUAUGAUAAAGUAUCUUUGUUUAUGUUAUGUUAAAAUAAAAAGAAAGAAACGAAAUUGGAAAGUGUUAAUUUGAAGUAAAAUUAUUGUAUAUUUUUGUUACAUAUACAUUCAUAUACAUUUCUUCUUGAUAAUUUAUUAUGUACAAAAGUCAAUUUUAAUUAUUGAAAAAAAAAUUUAAUGUAUUUAACAGGUAUUACAAAUACCUAUUUUUAAUCAGAAUAAAUUAAUCGUUAAUGCACAUAUAUAUAUUAUAAAAUUUUAAUAUUGAUUCAUACAAAUUUUUUAUACUUUUUCUUUUUUUUUAAGAUUUCGAAAUCUUUAAUCUUUUGGAUGAAAUACUGUAAUUUUUAUUUAUAUCGUAUUUUAAAAGAAGAAGAAGCGUGUUUUAAAAUAAAUUCAAGCAUAUAGUAUACAAUUGCCUUCGAGUUCAGAAAUGACAGGAAAGGCAGAAAUGAGAUAAAUAAUAAUAAUAAUUCAAUAAUUUUUUAAUAUUAUAUUUAUUAAUUUGUCUUUUUGAUAAGAUUAUAUAACGUUUCAAAUAUUAUUGUUAUUGCCCUGCUAAUAUCUAUCAUGAUAUUUGUUUACGUUUAUAUAUAUAGUUUAAUAAAUAACGACGUCAAUGAAGUUGUUCGAAUAACUGAGAAAAAUUCAUUAGAAAAUUCUAGUCAAAUGUAUAGAAAUCUUUUAUUAAUUAGUAGAUCAAAUAUUAUAUAAUACGAAUAAAUCAAUAAUGCGAAUCAAAUUAUUUUUCAAUUUAUAACAAUUAGAAAGUAAAGUGCAAUUGAUUUAUAUUUUCAAUUUGUGUAAUAUUUUAACGCGUUAUUAAAUUUUAUCUAGUUUUUUAUUAAUAACGAUACUAAUUCAUUUUGUAACAUUGAUUUGGAUUAUAUUUCCAUCAUUGGUACAUUUAUCCGUAUAUUAUCUACGUGACUUUCUAUCGAUAAAUAGAUAGCUGUAGAUAAUUUUUGUUCCUAAGUAUUAUUUUGACCACAGUUGUAUGUUACCAUGCUCAUUCGAAUCUAAGGGAUACGUAUGUAUUUAGGGACGUACAUAUAUUUGUGUGCGCCUUGUUUUUGCAGGUCAAUUUUUUACAUUGAUUAUAUUUGGAAAAGGAUAAAAUUAUUACAGAGAUUCGUUACAGAUUAGAAAUUAGAAAAUUAUUAUUAAGCACAAUUUUCCAUUUUUUCGUUGUGUAGAAACUAUUGUUGUGUAACGAGGAAUUCGUUACAGCAUUUAUUAAAUACGACAUGCAGAAACAUGGCAGAAAUAUUUUAUAAUUAAAUAUUUUAUAAUUUUUACCGAUUCGCUGUUAUCGUUGGUCGUGUUGAAACUGUGAAAAAUGAUUGCGUUUGUUAAUCUUUAUAAUAUAUUUCUUUAAAUGUUAAUACAGUUCAUUUGUAUUUUUACAAACAUGUUUUUUUCAAUAUCCUAUAUAAACAAGCGUGCGCACAUACAUAUCUACACAAUUUUUUUGUUUUAUGAUACAUUUUAUCAAAUUUCUCUUAUUACAAUUACGUUCUUCUAUUAGUUGCUACUUAUUUAUAGUUGUACGUAGAUAUACAUUGCAUUUAUUAUUAUUAUUAUUAUUAUUAUAAUUUUUAUAGAUUCUUAAAAUUCACGCAAAAUUUCUUAGUAUCGCGAUAUUUAUUAUUUUCGAUCGGUGCGGGGAUUCCGAGUACAUAAAACACUGAAUUUUCUUCUAUCCAGCAAAUAUUGAAACGUGAUCAAAAUUUUUAUCGUUGUGCAUUAAAAACAAGAGUAAAGAUAUACAUAGAUACGUGUAGUAUGUUAGAUUGCUUAUUGUGAAUGUUUAUUGAUUGAAUUACGUAAUUUUCUAUCAUUUAUUAUUUUUUAUUUUAAUUGCAAUGAAAUGGAUGAAUUUCACAUCACGUGUUUCGGAUAGAUCGCUGUUGGAAAAAUAUUAUAAUAGUUUCGUUAAAUAACAAUCGAUGAUAAAAACAAAUUGUUUUUACGAUAAAUUAGAACAUAAAACAUAUGAUUUAUUUCAAUUUACUUUUAAUCCUUCCGUGUUAUGGUUUACGUACACGAAUAGCAUAGAAAAUCUUUUCUAUUACUACGCGAAUAAUCUUGCAAGAAAUUCUUUUUUACGAAUUUUAAUCAUUAUAUUUUUCCUUCAAAUAAAUACAUUCGAUUCAAUUAUUAUUAUAUAUAUUGAAGAUACAAAGAUGACACAUUUUAGAUGACAGUCGAUCAAUGUAGAAAAUAAUCAAGAUAUCAAAAUCAUAGUUUUUCAAUGAAUGAUUUUAUCUUAAAUUGGAAAUUUCGAGUUUGUUUACAUUUUUCGAAGUUAUUGAUAUUUUGGAAAAAAAUAUUUCUACAAAUUUUAGUAAGAAAAAAAUCGGAUUAAUCGAUUUUCACGAUUAAACCAACGCAAUAGAACGAUAAUUAUCAUUUCAAAUGGGAAAUAAUAAAUUUAAAUUUUCCAUUAAUAUAAAUAAUUUACGCCAAAGACGUGUUCUUUACAUUUAAGAUGUAUUUAAGAUAAUGGAAAUUUUUUUUUAAAGAAAUAACGAAGCAAUACGAUUUUGAGAGAGAGAGAGAGAGAGAGGAAACAAUAACGAUUUAAAGGAUAAAAUAAAAUAAAAUAAAAUAAAGAAUCGUUUUCGAUUCAUGAUGAUACAUUUGUCAUACUAAUUGUAGAAAUUAUCAAAAUUGAUUAUUAUCGAAGUCAAGCCAUGCUCGACUUUCAAAGGAUAUAGAUAUUUCUGUAUACGUUAAAAAAGAGAAGAAGAAUUCGGUAGAUUAGACACAUAGGAUAUAUACACGAAUAUUUCGUUUAAAAAGUACUCGCGAACCGAUCCGAGCCAAAUCAGACUUGUUUCGUUCUGUAUCGUACGUAUUAAUGAUGUAAUGAACAGAAAAAAACCGAAACGAAUUGCAGAAUCGUAAAUGGCACGAUAUACAUUUGAUGUGUACCUAUGCACAAUUAUGCACAAUCGACGACUUGCAUUAAGGAAACGCGAGCUUAACUUUGUUACUUAUUGUUUUAAUAAUUUUUCGACGAUAAUCGUUGUUUUCUUAUGGUUAAAAAGUUUCUCAAGUUGGAAAGAAUCGUUGUCGAACGCGCUUAAUUUGCCAAUUUUUUUCAAUUUUUUUCAAAGCAUUAAAAUAUUAUCUGAAGCGAGAAUGGGACACGAUCAUUUAAGGAAAGUUGAAAGAUUAAUUUAGACGCGGAUGAAGAAUGACUAACAUUAGCUGUUUGUGGUUAAUUUUCACGUUCAUGGUUAAUUUUAAUUUCACGCGCAUUCAACGAAUGUCGGUAUAAACGUUUAUGCCCAUUCAUUUCAGGUGGAUAAUCAUUGAUAAACGGUCAAUACAAACUUGAAUAAUUCUUCUUCUUCUCCUCCUCCUUCUCCGUCGUACGUGCGAAAAAAGAAAAGAAACUGAUCGUUGAAAUUUACAAUUCCUCCGUUUUCACUGUUCCCCGCACAUAUUUAUACUCCGGUACGCAUAACACUUUUGUAUAAAAGUGUAAAUAACGUUCUCAACUUUUAUGCCAGUUUAUAAACUUUUACAUUCCUUUGAAUUUCUUCGAUUCUCUUUUCCCGAUACUCGUACCGAACGCCAGUAUACAUCGGUUCUCCUCGAUGUAUAUCUUUUUUACUUUCUUAAGGAAACUAAGGAACGCAUUUUGUUUUCACUUAUUAUACAUGUAACUAGCACUCAAAUUUACAUCCUCGAAAGACUGAAAUUUUUUAUCGUUCUAUCGAAAUCCGACGAUCGAUUAAGAGGGAUCAUCAUCGAUAUCGUUGUUUGAAAGAGAAAAAAGAAAAAAAGAACCAUUAUUUUCUGUACACUUUGAAUCGUUAUCUCUCGCAUAAACGCCCAUGGCACAUGGCGUGUAAUAGCAUUAAUAAUAUUGCAUUUGAUUUCGUUUAUCUUUGAUUCGAUGUAGGAAGACCUGUUGCGUCAAAAGCGGAACAUCCUGUAAGACUGAUAGAAAUGGAAAAAUUUGAUAAAAACUUAGGUUUAUCCCUCUGUUAUUAUCGUGUAACGUAUCCUUUGAUAUCCGUCCUUUCUCAUCAUCGUACGAAUAUUUCUCGCGUUAACGGUUGUAGUUUAAGAAACACGAAACGUAUCGAGAACAUUCUGAAAAAGCAUUUUUUUCACAGGGGGCCGAUAGAAGAUAUUUUCUCCUCUCGAGUAAUAAUUUCGGAUGGAAAUCUCUUUUUUUAAUGUCUAAUAAUAACGAAUCCGUGCCUGGUUUUCCAAGAUAAUCGUAAUCGCGCGAUAUCGUUUGUAAAAUUGUUGAAGGAAAUCGUUUGACGAGAUACUUUCCGAGAAGUCCAAUGAUAAAGGAAAACUCCAAUGAUGAUUUAUGGAAAAUUCGUCGUCAUCAUUUGUGCGCUACCGUCUCUACUUUUGCUUUAUCGACACGUAGAUCUAUCUCUUCCAUUUUACAUCAUAUCCAUAAAAGUAGAACGCACUCAGGAAAUUUGAUUCGUGCAUCGAUUUAUCACGCUUUCUUUCGUCUAUCUAUCAUUAAAAAAUUAUUCGCAAUGAAUUUGUGAUAAUUAUUAGUAUGAAGAUUUAUAUACCAUAUAUAUAUAUAUUUCUUUCCACGAUGAAUAAUAUUUUUUUUUUUUUUUUUUUUUUAAGUUAUUAUUUGAUAUUAUUUCCGAUGCGAGAAUGAAAUUGAAAAAUUUAGAUAACAAUUGAUCGAAGAUGAAUAAAAAAAACAUAAUAAAUAUUUAUAAAAUUUAUCCAAUAUUUUUUUUUUUUUCUUUUUUUUUUUUUUUCAUACUUCUUUCCUUUAUUCAUAAUACAAUUAUAAAACCACAAUUGUUGUUUCUAUAUCGUCAAUCCUCUACUCUUCGUUAACUAUGAAAUUUCUUUCGACAUCUGUAACAACUUCCCUUUCAAAUUUGACUCAACAUCCGGUAUUUUCUAUCUUCAACGCUCGUGUCACCGAGCGCUAAGUGUCCGUAUAAACGAAUUAUAAACUUAUGUAGCAGAAAGUUAGGUUAACAGGGAUAUUUAGAUUCAUCGCGUUGUUGAUAAGUAUAUCUAAAUAUCCAAAUUCCUUGCGGAAUUAACGAAAAUAAUUCUCUACUGAUUUCUGCGACAUCGGUGCCUUGCGAAAGAAUGUUUUUUAAAAUGGGGAAUAUUAUCGGAAAUAUAUAAAAAAAAAGAAAAAAAAAAAAAGAAAAAGGAAGAAAAAAAAAUUAGUUUAAAAAAAAUGCCAUUUUAAAUACAAUCUUGUUAUUAAAUAAGUAAUAAAACUAUUUUAUUACUUAUUUAAAUUUAAAUGUAAUUAUGACACUACUAUAUACUAUAUAUGUAUUAUAUUACAUUAUAUAUAAUACUUACAUUAGCUUUAAAUACGAUUUUAUUAUUGAAUAAGUAAUAUGUAAAUGUAAUAAACUUAUUUUUUUACGAAUUUUGUCACAGUCAUUGAGAAACCUUAACUUCAUUUCAUUUUCCCUCUCUCGAUUUCCCUAGAUUGUCAGCAUUUUUUAAUAUUAACGUACUCGAAAAACUAUUUGAAAAAAGAACUUUUCAAAUUCUCUCUUUACUAUUUUACAUAAGAAAGAUACUACUUGAACGAAAAUAUCUAUCCCUAAAAUGUUUGUAUGUAGGAUAUCGAAUAUUCCGUUAAACUUUGAAAAGCCUGUCGAGACUCUAAAGACAAGCAAACUUAUCCAGAGUUUCAAGAUCUAUCGAAAAUUUAAAGGCUUUCAAGAAUUUUAGGUUAAUCGAGUGAUAUUCGAGUUAUAUACGAAUUCGAGGAAAAUUCCAAGUGUUUCAUCAAUAUUUCUUGUACAAUAAGUUUAGAACAUUUUUCUUUCAGAUGUAUCGUACAUUAUUAGAUUAUUUUUGUCAAUUUGUCAAAAUGUGUUAGCAAUGAUCGACUUAAUCUAAAUCUUCUAAAUCGAAACGUGUAAUUAGAAUAAAAUAUAUUUUGACUCGUUUUUCGAAUUGAAAAUAGGUUAUGAAAGGUUAUGAGAGGAAAAUAGCGGAGAUGAAAAAUAAAGACUCUUUUUAAUUUUUUACGCCCUUAAUGUUGUGAUGCCUAGAGAAGUGGGGAAGGGAUACUUGUAAUAACCUCUUUUCAGUGAUAAACCCGCCGAAUUGCACAAUCAUUCUCGGUAACGCGGUAACGCAAGUUGUGAGAAAUCUACUAUCAACAGCGUAACUCGUGAACGUUUUACUUUCGAACGAACAUGCGUGUUCAUUUUUUUCCUCGACUCGGAUUAAUUUUUCAUAUUCAUAAAUUUUAUGCAAAGAUAAAUUUGAAAUGUGUAAAACGUUUCAAUGCUAACGUCAUUCUGCAUCGUGAAAAAUAUUCCUAAGCGAAAUUGUAUUUAAGAAACGAGAAACUGGGAGGAUUGAUUUCGCUCCUUGAAAAAAAUUAUUUAACGCGUAUACAACACGUUACGUUCUAUAUUCUACAUUCUACGCAACAAAAUUUUCUUCAAAAUAUACAGUUUUACAAGUAUAGAUGAAUCUCCUUGUAAGACAAAGAAACGGAGACUUUUUCGUCUUUCGAUCGAUAUAUAUAUAUAGUUACGUAUGGUGUAUAUAUACAAGGUGGUAAGUACCUUGCACACGAUGAACGAAGCUGUUGAAUCGAGGCACGCGUACGCGGCAAUAACAGGUGAAAUUCAGUUAUUUCUCAAUAUCAUUUCCCAUUACCCAUUCUUCCCGAAUCCUCGACACAUCAAUUUCUCUUACUUUUCUCGUCCCGAUAUGACGAAUAGGAUAUAAUUCGUAUAAUUGUAUAUGUGAAAAGAAAAAAAAAAGCUGGAGAAAAGGUUCCUAAUAAUAAUUCUCUCAGCGAAUAGAUUUGAUGAAAUCAAAUUUCAGGAAUGAUUUGCAAUAAAUAAACAGAAAAAACUGCAAUUUACCGAUCGAUGAAGAGAAACAACAACACAACAAUAACAACAAUAACAACGACGAUACAGUUUUGACCGAUUCUUUAUCCUUUCAAUUUUAAUCGAUCAUGUAUUUGUUUUCUGAUAUAAAAAGAGAAAAACUAAUCUUACCAAUGUUUACGGUACGUUUCGAGUAAUCUUUUAUAUAACUACCGAGUAAUAUCGAUAACGAAAAAUGUUAAUAUAAUAGAGAUGCGCUUAUACAUCGUGUAAAAUCUUUGUUAUUUCUAAUUGGUCAAAUGAAAUACACAUAUGUAUACUAUUAUAGAAUUGUCGGAAAUACUCUAUAGAGGUACGUAAUAUUAUGGAAAUAACAUCGAACGAUGUGAUAAAAACAUAAGUAUUGCGCAAAUCAUGGAAAUAGUACUAUUUCGCAGUGCCGUGUUGUUGCGAUCUUUGUAAAAACUUUUCUUACGACAUUUCAUGUGUUUUUAGUAAAGAAUUAUUCGCGACUGUUGAAUGAAUUGAAACGCAUUAUAAAUUAGGUAUCUUCGAAAAUAAAAUAAAAUGCGAAAAAAAAAAAAAGUAAAUUACUUUUUGUGAAAGAUAAGCGACUAACGCUGUAACAAUGUAAUAAUUCCAAGAUGUAAAAAAAAAUUUUAAAUUAACUGUUAUCGUGAGUUGUACAUAAUCCGUAUGUGUCUCGGUAUGUGUAUACAUACGUAUAAUAAUGGAAUACUGAUUAUUAUGCAUCCUUAUCACUUAAAUUUUAUCAUCGAAUAUUCAUAUUUCUCAUCUUCUAUUGUACAUGUAUUAUGCGUUUAUCGAAACACAAACAUUUAAAAUACAAACUCGUGACUCGUGAUCUAUUUCUCAUUCGAUCCGAGUUUUUUUUCGAUGAUUUAACUUUUUAAACAUUUUUUUUUUUUUUUCCUCCUCAAUUUAUAUAAAUAUUUGUUCCGAGAAAUAACCACUAUACCGUUUUAACGUAUAUAUGUAUUUGCAUAAAUAUAUACAUUUACGUUUUGCAUUACGAAUAAUACGAUUAAUAUUCGUAUCGAAAAAUAUUUCACAUUCAAAUUACAAAUAUACAUUGUAUAUACAUUGUAUAUUUCAAUGUUUAUUUUAUGUGUUCGUUUUUGUUUUUUUUUGUUUUUUUUUUUUUUUUCGGAUAAAUCGAUAUACGCGUUGAAACUUUUCACUGAUACUGUUAUAUUUUUCUUUAGAAGAACCAAUAAUGUCACGGAUUCGUUCAUACAUUCGUCCCCGUAACAUGUAACAUAUUGUAUGUAUGUAUACGUUGGUUGUAAAAUUGUAAAAUCGAUUAAAAAGCGUCGAUCGAUUAGACAAAAGAUGGGGAAAGUAUUCCAUGGAUGCAUACUUUGUGAAAAAUAAAGAAAUUUAUUGGGGGGGGGGGGAGGAAGCAUUUAGCGAAUACUUAAAGAGAGUCGACAGAAAGAAAAUGGUCGACAAAAAUCUACCGAUUGUUUUGUGAAUUGAAAACAGAAAUGAUGAAAGAAUGAGAAGAAUGACGAGAAAGGAAGGAACACGAUAAAUCGAAAUGUCUCAGCGUUUCAAGCUUUUUUGUUGUUUACUUGUUGUAUAAGCUUUUGUAUAAAAAGAAAAAAAGAAAAAAAAAGAAGAAAAAAAGGAACGGAUCGGAGUGUCUCUUCGGCGCGCCGAAUUCAAAAAUCAUUAUUAUUUAAGCGUUAGACGAGAAGAAAAAGUUGUGCAUUCGUAAAUACUUACAUAAUUAAUUUAAUUGCGAUUGUGUUGCGAACCAAUAUUGCACACUAGUCAGUGAAUAUUUAUUUAUGUAAUAUAAGAGAAAUGCACGAUGAUUUGUAAUUAAUUACAAAGUUUAUAAUGAGAUUUAUCGAUAAUACCAUUGUAUCGAUCGAUCGAUUUAUGUAUUUGUAAAUUGUAUAAAAAAAAAAAAAAAAUACAUUAUUUGAAAUUUACGUUUCCCUUAUUAUUUUUAUUUCACGUUAUUAAUAUUAUCUGUAAAAUAGAUACAUAUUAUAUAUGCAAAUUCAGAGAAAUUCAAAACAUGCAAAAGUUAUUGCAAAAAGAAAAUAAAAUUAUUUUGUUCAAGGAAUAUAGGAAUAUAGAAAGGGAUUUACAUUUUGAACAAAAUAUUAAUAUAGAAAAGAUGAAAAAUUUAAUUAUUUUUUGGAAACGUAAAUUUCGAAAUUAAAAUACUUUCAGCGAUUCCAUCGAAUUAAUAUUAUACUGUUAUACUUUUAAUUAAACAAAUGUGAUUCAAAGAAAACAAGCAUAAGAUAUUCUUUAAUGAAAUAAAUAAAAAAAUAGUGUCCUUUUUUUUAUUCAUAAAAUAAUUGAUUAUAAACAAUGUUUAUCCAAAACACAAUUUUUUUUUUUUUUUAUGUUUUGAUACGAAAAUAGGAACGAAAAGAAUUGAGAAAACGAUGAAUUUUAAUGAAAUAAAUUUUGAGAGAAAUAAAAUGUUAGAAAUGUCAACGACAUAAAAAUCAAAGAAAAUUGAAACGGAAAUAUUACCAUUGAAAUUUAUCAAAUAUACGAUUUACAUAGAAAGUAUUGUGUCCGGUAAUUACUUCAAUCAAAUUUCAUGCAAAUAAAGGAAAACGUUUCUUUUAAUUUAGCAUUUUUGAUGAUAAAGUUAUUAAUCAUGAUAAUAAUAAUAUCUUGCAAGAAAGAACUUAUCGUCCCUAUUUCUUUAUUCUAUUUCAAAACAAUACAAAUAAAAAUAAUAAAAUUUCAAAUAUAUGAAAUGGUGGAAUUAUCAAAUUUUUUACUUUGUUACAUCUAUAUCAUCUAUAUUUCGAUGAUAAUCAUUUACGUGGAAGAGUAAAAUGUCUGCGAUGAAUGUCUAUAUGGAAGGAAGGAAGGAACUUCGUGUUCUACAUAACUAUUCAAACUGAUCGGAAUAUCGAAAAUACAAGUAAAGAAAACUUCAAUAUUCAAUUAUUACGUAUACCUAUGACUGAAUGUAUGUAUUAUAUAAAAAGUGUAACAUAUGCACGCGUGAAGAACUGAAGAGGAAUUCGGCCUGCUGAUCGCUCCGUCCGUAUCGCACUUUGUAAUUAUGUACCACACUGUAAAUAUUCAACGAUGAAUAUGUUAGCAAAUACACGCGCAUUGUGUGAUUGUAAAUAUCAGACGUGACGAAGAUGUUUGUUAAAUAUAGAAUACGUUACGUUUUUUAAAA